UGAAAGAAAACAGAUGCUCCCAUCUUCUAUGAUACUUUGUCUUAAAUCAUUUGGAUCCAAUAGAUAUCUCUUGCCAUAUCAGAAUGGAAGCACUUACAGAGGUCACCAGAAUAUCAUCCCAGUUCUGCAAAACUUAUCUUCCCUUGGAACUGACCCAAAUGAGAACUCCUGAGCCUGUGAGCAAAGGAACAUUGCAUUUCUAGAUCUCCCACCUGCCCAGUCUCUUUGCAGGAGGACAAAUGGCAGAUACUGGGCCAGAUGGAAGACAGCCAACAUUCUUCCCAGGGAAAGCCUCCACCUCCAUUUCCCCACAGCACCAGACCUCCUUGGGAUUUCUCUGGACCAAGCUGGCCACCAGCCAGCGCAUGGAUCCCUGAGGAGCUGUGGGUCUGAGUAGCUUUUUAGGAAAGUCAGGAAGAGGAGGAGCUGGGGAGUGGUGAACUGUGGGCUUCACAACACAGGCUGCUGUCCAGAUAGCAAUCUUUCUGGGACCUGUGGUCUAGAAGACAGCGGGGAGGAUGAGUGUGCCGGGAGACGCAGGCCUGCCACCUGAAGGCUGCAGAGGCAUCAUGAGUGCAGAGGAGGACGCCAAGUGGCUUCAGUGGGUGACACACCAGUUUGAGACCAUUGCAGGAGAAGAUGGGGAGAUCAACCUGCAAGAGUUCAAAAGAGCCCUGAAUGUGAAAGAGUCCUUCUUUGCUGAGAGAUUCUUCGCCCUCUUUGACUUGGAUGGAAGUGGCACCAUCACGCUUCAAGAGCUGCAGGAGGCGCUGACCCUGCUCAUCCACGGCAGUCCCACGGACAAACUCAAGUUCCUCUUCCAGGUGUAUGACAUUGAUGGCAAUGGCUGCAUCGAUGUGGACGAGCUGCGCACAGUACUGCAGUCGUGCUUGCAUGAGAGCGCUAUCUCACUGCCCCAGGAGAAGCUGGACCAGCUGACACUGGUGCUCUUCGAGGCUGCGGACAAGGACUGCAGCGGCACAAUCACCUUCGACGAGCUCCGAGAUGAGCUGCAGUGCUUUCCCGGGGUCAUGGAGAACCUGACCAUCAGUGCUGUUCACUGGCUGAUGCCUCCUGCUGCCCAGCCGGGCCGGCACCGUCCUCGCCUGCUGACCUCUGCCUACUGGCACAACCACCGCAGCCACCUGCUCUGCCUGGCCACCUACGUGGGCCUCCAUGUGCUACUCUUUGCGCUGGCAGCAAGUGCGCACCGGGCCUUCGGCACCAGCAUCAUGGUGGCCAAGGGCUGUGGCCAGUGCCUCAACUUUGACUGCAGCUUCAUUGUGGUACUGAUGCUCAGACGCUGCCUCACAUGGCUACGGGCUACAUGGCUGGCUCAGGUCCUGCCGCUGGACCAGAACAUCCAGUUCCACCAGCUUAUGGGCUACGUGGCGGUCGGGCUCUCCCUUGUGCACACCGUGGCCCAUGUAGUAAACUUUGCGCUCCAGGCUCAGUCUGAGGCCAGCCCCUUCCAGUUUUGGGAACUGCUGCUCACCACGAGGCCUGGCAUUGGCUGGGUCCAUGGCUCGGCCUCCCCAACCGGUGUGGCUCUGCUGUUGUUGCUGCUCGUCCAGUUUGCUUGCUCCAGCUCCUGUGUCCGCAGGAGCGGCCACUUUGAGGUGUUCUAUUGGACCCACCUGUCCUACCUCCCCAUGUGGCUCCUGCUCAUCCUGCAUGGGCCCAACUUCUGGAAGUGGCUGCUCAUCCCUGGCACUUUGUUCUUCAUAGAGAAGACUAUUGGCCUGGCAGUGUCCCGCAUGGAGGCUCAGUGCAUUGUGGAAGUCAAUCUCCUCCCUUCCAAGGUUACUCAUCUCCUCAUCAAGAGGCCCCCGCUUUUCCACUACAGGCCUGGCGACUACUUGUAUCUGAACAUCCCCUCCAUUGCGCACUACGAGUGGCACCCCUUCACCAUCAGCAGUGCUCCUGAGCAGAAAGACACCAUCUGGCUGCACAUCCGGUCCCAGGGCCAGUGGACAAACAGGCUGUAUGAGUCCUUCAAGAAAUCAGACCCCAUGGGCGAUGGUUGCAAGAGUCUCUCGAGGAGUUUGAAAAUGAGAAGGAGUCAGAGGAAGGCUCAGCCCCAGCCCAUCUGCUUUGGAGUCUCAGCACAGGGAGCAGUGGCCUCCAACAAGGACAUCGCCGUGGAGCUGACAUCGUACAGGCCUGAGGAAGCUCCGUGGCAGGGAGAUGAAGGCCCGGUGUCUACUGGGACAAAGGAUGAGACUCAGGCACAGUGGGAAGCUGCAACUGGAGAUGGGGGCCUGGUCUCCGAGGUGUCCUCUGAGAACCACCAAUUCUGUAACAUCAAGUGCUACAUUGAUGGCCCUUACGGGACUCCCACCCGCAGGAUCUUUGCCUCUGAGCAUGCCGUGCUCAUCGGGGCAGGCAUUGGCAUCACCCCCUUUGCCUCCAUCCUGCAGAGCAUCUUGUACAGGCACCAGAAGAGAAAGCACGUCUGCCCCAGCUGUCAGCACUCCUGGUUAGAGAGCAUCCAGGUUGAUGACAUGAAACUCCAUAAGGUGGACUUCAUCUGGAUCAACAGAGACCAGCGGUCUUUCGAGUGGUUUGUGAGCCUGCUGACCAAACUGGAGAUGGACCAGGCCAAGGAGCCUCAAGAGGGCCGCUUCCUGGAGCUGCACAUGUACAUGACCUCUGCGCUGGGCAAGAAUGACAUGAAGGCCAUUGGCCUGCAGAUGGCCCUUGACCUCCUGGCCAAGAAGGAGAAGAAAGAUUCCAUCACGGGCCUCCAGACACGCACCCAGCCUGGGCGGCCUGAUUGGAACAAGGUGUUCCAGAAGGUGGCCGCGGAGAAGAAGGGCAAGGUGCAGGUCUUCUUCUGUGGCUCUCCAGCUCUGGCCAAGGUGCUCAAGGGCCACUGUGAGCAGUUCAGCUUCAAAUUUUUCCAAGAGAACUUCUAGUCCCACCUCUCCAAGCUCUGCCCACACCUGCCAACCUGAGCGCUACCACUGUCCUGCAAGGACUGGCCUCAGAAGACCCCCAAAUCCUCUUCCACGCACAUGACAGGAUGCCCUAGGGGACAGAUGAACUUCCUUCAGAGCCCAGGGAGAAGGGCAGGGCUUCGUGUGGCACUGCUGUGAGUUCUGGGGUUGCUAUGGGCCUGAUCAGCCCUGGGGGGCAGGGGAGGUGCUGGGGGCGGGGGGGCUUCCCAGGACAACUGCUCCUCCAGCAUCUUCUGAGGGUGCCUCCCCUCCAACUACAGCAGUCCAGACCUGCCUCAUCAUCACAAGCAUCUAGGAACUUACACACACACACACACAGCAUUUUACUAUGACAAUUUUUAAACAUACAGAAAGUUAAAAGAAUUGUGCGUGAACAGUGUUACCCACUUUCCAGAUUCCUCAGUUAACAUUUUGCUGUAUUUACUUUAUUGCAUAUUAUCCAUCUAUCCCUCCCUCUAUCUAUCCAUCAAUUUACCCAAUUUUUCUGAUGCAUUUCAGAGGAGCUUUCUUUAAAUGCAGAUUCCUGGGUCCUACUCCAAGAAGUUCUGGUUCUGAGGAAUGGGGCAUGAGACCUGGAAUGUAUAUUUUAUCCAAAAGCCACUCCCAUAGGAAGCGGGAAGAAGCAUAUUUUCCCACUUCUUUCUAUGCCAUUGUCCUCCUGUCUUUCUGUUUCUCUCCAUCCCUUUCCUUUCUUUCUGCCCCCAUUUCUCUUCCCUGUGCCUGUCCCUCCCUGUUCCCCCCUUGCUCUGCAUGAGAGUUUUCCCUUCUCUCCACUCACUGAGUCAUUGGAGAAGUAGGAUGGAGACAACAUCUGUGUGUGUUUCUCUGUGUGGUCACAGCCUUGUGCCCAGGAAUCAAGCAGGUUGUGACUUGAAGCUCAGUUCAUCCAUGCCCCAGUGGGGUGGCGCUGGCAACCUCUGUAGGUCCUUUGCUUCAUCUGGUAAAUGGGCUUAUUGACACCCCCCACCCCAGUCACAGUUGCUGUGGCGUCCCCGGCGGUGUUCAGAAUAUUCGUCCUUCUCCCUGGCCAUUCUUUAUUGCUCCAGACACCUGGGUUUCUGCAGCUCCUCUCUGUGCUGUAGCUUUCUCUAUGUCUGUGUUCCAGAUUCUGUUUGCAUCUGUCACUGUCCAGGCAGGGGUGGAUGGCAGGGACAGUAAAUACAAAAGCUCCCUGAGGAGAUCUCUGGGGAGGAGAGGUCCUGGGUUGUGGGCAAGGGCAGGAGAGCUGGCCUCGCUCCUCAGAUCCGUGCUGGCAUUUUCUCUCUGCCCCACACUGCAAGCUUAUGGGGACCCCACUGUUCCAGGACAUCCUCCGCCUUGAGCGGGUCUUGCUGGGUUCCAUCUCUUCUUUGACAGUCUAAAUUCUCCCUAAAGCUGCCUUCCUGGGAUUGGAUUUAGGCCCUUUCCAAUGGGAUUGUAGAUUGUAUUUUCUUUUCUGUGGGUGGAAAGUCCUUGGAGCAUAACAGGUAAAGAAGCUGGUGACAACCAUGAUGGUGACACCCCUUAUAAAGGGCUGGGCAUCAGAGCAGGGGCUGGGACACAGCAGGUCAGGGGGUGGCAUGCAGAGGGUGCAUGGAGAGGACCAAUGGAGGGAUCUUGGGGAUGACAAUGAAACAAAGUUUGUGGGAAUUCUUUUCAAAAAGAAGCAGCAAGAGGAGAGGAUAGCAGAUGAGGAAGUUAAAGCUCACCUUCAGCCAAGGGUUGGAGUACCACCUGGGACAGACAAAAGACACAGGGUGUAGUAUUUGAGAUUUGGGAGGAGCAGGAGGAAGAAUUCAAGAGUAAUAGGGGACUGAGCUGUCAUCCCUGUGGUGAAGGAGGCAGAGAGGAGGGGACCCAGGGUCCCAGAGCCUCUCCUGGGUCUGGGAGCAAGCAUAUCUAGGAGGCCCUGUGUUGGGGCCUCUGUGUGUGAUUCUGUUUGUUUUCCACAAGGCUUGGGUAGGAGCACAGCUCACAUGGAAAAACUCAGACUAAGAGAAGUUCAGUUACCAGCCCACGGUCUCAGUCUUGGAGCCCCUUUCUUCCUGUUGAGUCUGUCCUCCCUUUGUCAUCAGACUUAGGAAGCCUUGGAAAAAAACACCAACUCUUUAGAGCACAGAAGUAAGCUAAGAGGGUGUCCUAAUAGGAGUUCCCUUGUGGCACAACAGGUUAAGGAUCAGGCAUUGUCACUGCAGUGGCUCGGGUCACUGCUUUGGCCCAAGUUCAAUCCCUGGCUCGGGACCUCCCUGUGCCAUGGGCAUGGCCAAAAGAAAAAAACAGGGUGUCCUUAUGGAGGGUAAUAACAGGACAUAUCAGAGUUAUGUGGGGAUUUUGCAGAGCAGAGUCUGUUUAGCACAUGCCUUCACACACACACAGACACACACACGCACAUGCACACAACAUUUGGUCCAGUCUCUGUUCACACUACCCUGAAACAUAGGCACCCCGUCCUCAGUCCUUUGCUCUCUCAUGAGAGAUUUCCACCAGUCCCCCCUCCUCUAUACCAACAGUUCAUUUAGAGCAUUAUCUUCUGAAGGGCAUGGGAGCGUGUGGAGCAUCUCGAACCUAGAUUCUAAAAUCCCGUGAAGGAUCCACAUGUGUCAAAGGCUUUCUGUCCAGACAUAUUCCAGUUACCCACUAGAGGGCGCUAUGGAACCAUCAAUCUUGAGAGGUUUAUUUGCAAAGGAGACUGGUUCCUGAAAGGUAGUGAAUCAAGAAAAGGAGGGGGAGGUCCGCAACCCACCCCAAGGCUCCAGGCUCAGGGUAACACCUCCAGGCCCAGACUCAGUAGAACUGCCAAGUCCAAAGACUUCAUUUUCAAGGUCAGAGAUUCUCUAGGUGCAAGCCCCUCACCCCACCACACAAAAUGCCUGCACAACUCCCACCUCCCCACCCCCUGCCCCCUACACACACACACACACACACACACACACACACACACACACACUCCUCUCAUCCCUGUGCCCAUUGUCCAGGUUCUGGGCUUCUGUCUUUUCUGUCUGCAAGGUCAGAACAGGCCUGGCUCAGGAGAGUCCGUUUGUGGGUAUCGUUAGAGGAAGCAGCAUCAAAAAUGUGGGUUUACAGAUUACGCAGACUGUCUGUCUGGAUGUUUCCUAGAUGCCCAUAUGGGGGCCUUCCUGCUGUCAACCAGAUACAAAUGUACCCCCAUGGCUGACUGACUUUUCUGCUUUACCCAGAUGUUGGUAGUGCCAUAGGCACAUCUGGGCCAAGAUGGCCAAGGCUGGCACGCACAGGGAACAGAGAGGAAACACAGGCCAGCUGCAGACCAGGGGUGGUUUACCAGGGUGUGUGCUGCCCUCCUCCAUUGAGCUGUGAGCUCCUGGAGGUCAGGCCUGUGGCCCCAUAACCUUCCAUAGAGGGAGGGGCAGGAGGCCUAACCUGGAUGCCCCUCCCACCUGGGCCGAGGAAGGGGUUACUCAAAUGGAAUCAUCCUCAGGAAGGGCCCUCCGCCUAUAACUGUCAUAUGUAACCUGGGGAAGAGAAGCACAAACACAAGCCCACUGAACAAAUGGCUUUGCCUGGCUCCAUGGCGCUGCUCUGCUGUGACAACAGCUCUGAUGGAGAAAAGCAGCCUUGGUGAAACCAACGCUAGACAGGCCCCCACCCCUGGCCCAAGCCGCACAAGUGCAGCCUUUUAAUACACAGAGAGCCUGUGCUCAGCGAGCUGGGGGAGGCAGCGUGGGCAAUAUUGCGAAGUGUCACGGCCUUACAGACAAGGUGAAGGCUGGAGAGGGAUUAGUCACGGUAGUGGAGACUGGCUCUGGGCACACUCCUUAGCAAUGUGCAGUGGAAAGGCCUCUGCCCACUUGCGGGGCACCCAGCUCUGCCUUCGCUCUGUGACCUUGGGACUGUCCUAUGACUUCUCUGAACUCUCACUUCCUCAGUGAACAGAUAAAGAAUGUAUGUGUUUAAACCCUCGUAUGUGCAAUAGUCAUUUCCCAAAAGAUAUGCAGACACAUAUUUUAUCAGUUUGCUCUGGGGAGUGGGAAUGACGGUUCAGGAAGGAAAAAGUUUUGUUUUUUGGGUUUCGGGGUUUUGCUUGGUUUUGUACUUUUUAUUUUCCGCCCUUCUAUAAAGUUUAAAGUUUUUAUGAUAAACAUGUAUUCGUUUUAUAGUUUUAUUUUUAAAAGAAACUCAAAGUAGAAUGUUAAUUUUUGAAAAGUGCAAGUACCCAGUUUUUAUAGGUUUCUAUUCCAUCUAACAAAAACAAAUAAUGUAUGUAUAUCAUGCUGGGGGGUAAACAGAAAUGUGUUGGAAGAAGGUGAGGAUACACACCAAACAGCCCACAGUUUGGAGGGGAUAAAAGAGCACUUUUCUGGUUUUCUCUUUUGUAUUUCAUGUAUUUGUGUGUUACCCAUGUAAUGUUUCACAGUAUAGAAUUUUUAUACCAUAUACUUCAUAUAUUACUUAUUUUUUAUCUACUUAUGUGAUGGUCUGUAUCACUUUUUUUUUUCUUUUCAUGCUACACAUGAGGCAUAUAGAAGUUCCCGGGCUAGCAGUUGAAUUGGAGCUACAGCUGAAGCUUACACCACAGCCACAGCAACAUCAGAUCUGAGCUGCAUCUGUGACCUGUGCUGUAGCUUGUGGCAAUACUGGAUCCUUCACUGAGCAAGGCCAGGGAUUGAACCUGCAUCCUUGCAAAGACAAUAGCAGGUCCUUAACCCACUGAGCCACAAUGGGAACUGCCUGUGUCACUUUUUAAAAGAAUAAAACAAAAUAGAUUGUCUGAGGUGUCAUCUAAGAUCUCUUAUAUUGAUUAAUUCUCAAAAUGAAGUGAUUGGGACACAGCUGGGACUGAGGGAUGGGCCCUCCUCCCAGGGUGGGGUAGGGGCACGCUCCUGGCCUUUUUGCAGAGUCUGGCUGCUAGAGUGCCCUUAUUCAGUAUGCAAAGCUGCUGGCCCUAGAUGCUCCAAGUACUCAUAUAAAAGGCCCUUCCAGGCCUAGGGCUGGUCCAGAAAGGCUGCCUCGGGUGCACUGUCUCUGCUAAACAAAUACUCCUAUUAACCAUCCUUCCUGACAGAUUGAUGCAUCUUUUUAUGAUCUGUCUUUACAAUAUGAUGACUCUCUCCUUUUAAAACUAAGAUUAAUUCGGACAAGACAUUUAUUUUUAUGAGCAAACCCAUCCCAGGGGGAAAGAAGACUCCAGCUGAAAGGCAGAGAUGUUGGACAGAGAUAUGGACUCUCAAAGAAGCUUCCCGCCCCCCCCAACCUCAGUCGCAUGGCAGAGGCCCCAGAUGAGCUGCCCUGAUCCUACCCCAGGCAGAUGGGCCACCUUGAAUCAUCUCAAUUGUGUGAGUGUUGCCUCCUGGAGAAAACAAAAUAGAGAGUGAGUUUCAGUAUUGCAGGGUCUAAGUGCAUUUUUUUUUUUUGUAAAAAAAAAAAAAAGUUCUGAGAUUGCCCCAAACUUUGUUGGAUGUAUGUAUAUACAAAUUAAAUUUGUCUUUUAAAAGCACUGAAGUACCUUCAAGUGAAGUGAAUUAUUUAUCUCUGUGUCUCUGUGCCUGGAAUAGCACCACUCAUCUAGUAGGUGCUUGAUGUUGGUUCGUGAAUGUUUCUACGCCAUGAUCUCUGUUUCAGCUGGUGGCACCAGGAGGUACCCUUGACUCCUCUAUCUCCCCAUCCUGUUAACAUGCUUUUAAAGCCAUUCCCUCUCCCAUCAGCCCUGCCUUGGUCCAGUCCUUAAAGGGCCCCUUCCCUGGACUAUUUUAUCCACCUCCUGACUGGUCUCCCUUUCUCCAGCCUCUCCGGCUCCCAUCCGUCCUCUGCACUGUUGCAGAUCUGAUGACACCCCUUCCUGUUGGAUAACUGUCCUAUCACAGUCAUCAAACUCCUGAGACUGGCACACAGGCCUCUCUGCAGGAGCACUCAAUUAAAUCCACAGCCAGGGAGUUCCCAUCGUGGUGCAGUGGAAAUG